AUGUUCAAGUCUUUCGGAUUCUUCGCUCUUUGUAUCGUUGGCUGUUCGGUAGCUGCUCCAAUCCACGGAGACGUGGAUGAUGAACUUUUGGGAUUAGCUUGGGAGGCAGCUGCUACCAGUGUCAAUGUUGGAAACGCCGGAAAAUUCUGGGUACCAAUUGAAGUUCAAAGCUCAGACAAGUCUGGAUCUGUGACAAAUAUGGUUGUCGUGUUCCAAGAGUCGUGGUGUAGUCCAGCUGAAGGAAACGAUCUUGAGGAUGUUUGUGAAUCAAUGUGUCCAGUUUAUUAUGGAGGAGCUAAAGCUACCUACCGUAUCACUGCCACCGAAACCAACGGAGGAAGCGACUUCGAGUCCGUCAAGAUCGAAUGA